UAGCACUUCAUGAGCGAUUGCAAGACUUGAAUAGUCAUUGAAUUGCUUUGUGAGUUUUACAUAGCCUACAGUACUGUACUAUUUGAGCAAUGUGCUGAGUGCACGACUCUAAAUUAACACCAGCAAACCGGCAGAAUGCUGGUGAAAUUUCAGUUUGGCUGGUAGAAAAGACCAACAUACUAGUCACUUUGACCCGUUAGUGAGUGUGUGUUUGGCUAGUACAGUAAGAUUAUCAUCUACUAGCCAUUUUGGCUGGUGAUGAUAAAAGUAUAGAGCCCUGGCUGUGUGUGUCUUACGUCUCUCCUCUCUGUCCCCCAUCAGUCCUGUCUACAUUAAUCUUUGCGGUGCGGAGACACAGGAAGAGGACCCAGGAGAAGCUCUCCGCGGACGAGAUGGACACCCUGGAGUAUUCUGAGAAAGUCCUGAGGUAUUCCGAACCCACCAGCAGCCAGACCAACGGGUGCCGAACAAUGCCGGGUCCGGUGGUGCCCCUUCGCCCGCACCCCAAACGGCGGGAUCGUCGUCUCCGGCGCGAGGAGGUGGCGGCGAGCAUCCGCAUGUCCCUGCGGCACUCCCACCUCAUCGGGCCCGAGGACGAGGUCUUCCGGCAGUUUAUAAUGGACCGGCUGGAGGAGGCCGACCAGGACCCCUAUGCAGCGCCGUUCGACUGCCUGCGGUCGUACGCCUUUGAGGGGACAGGGUCCACCACGGGGUCCCUGAGCUCCAUAGAGUCCUUCAGUACCUUUGGUUAUGAGGGUGGUGGGACCGCAGAGAGGCCGCGAGAUCCCGCUCCCACCACACCCACCACACGGUUCCUCAGACUCACACCCUGGCUGGGGGCAGCAGAGGAAGAGACCAGUUUCUGAAUAAAUAAUAUAAGAGAUCAAUAAGGGAAUCAGUUAUUAAAAUAGCUGUGUAAAGGGACUCUCCACACUGCAUUCAUUAUAGUACAGCACACCGUUUCUCAACACACUUUGCUUUGGACUUUCUUCAACAUCACCUGGCAUUCUUCAAUACGUAGCUCAUCAAGUUUCAAUGACUUUGACACAACCUGACACAGUAGCACCAAAAUAUGCUUCUGUCAUUAUGUUGACAGCGCUAAGGAUCUAUCACAGAUUCCCAGGGCUUCAUUAAGUCCUUGAAUAUCAGGUGUGGUGGGACUGUGAGAUCUUGGGAUCCUUCACUCUCCACACGGUUCCUCUGACUGAUGCCCUGGCAGGGUGCAGCAGAGGAGGAAACCAGUUUUAUUUUAUUAUAUUUUUAUAUUUUAUUUCUGAAUAAAUUGGAGAUCAACUAGAAAUGCCCUCAGAGAGUGCAGAACUCAGCCAAGGAAGCUGUUUGAUAGAACAUUCGACUAUGUAACACCCUAUAGAAACCGGAGAACCUUGGAAACUGGAAUGUCAAAAUUCGCACUGUCCCGCAAUUCAAUUUGCCGUCACUAGGGGCAUCUAGAUUUCUAGUCUAGCAAUGCUGAAGAAUCUUAAAAAAUUCCUGGUUCCAGAUCGUUAUCCGGAUCAUCACCAAAAUGUAAUCACUUGUUCCUCUGGUCAUUUCCAACAACUCCAUAAAGUUUCAUCCAAAUCCUUUCAUAACUUUUUGAGUUAUCCUGCUGACAGACAACCUAACAAACAGACAGUCUGACAAACCAAAAGGACCGAAAACAUAACCUCCUUGGCCGAGGUAAUAAGGAAAUCACUUUAAUAGCUUGAUGUAUGAGCCUUGAACCUUUCCACACUGGAUCCAGCACAGUAAAUAUACCACAAGACUUUUCUCCACAUUACAUAUAAUCUCUGUUCCAUCUUUUCUUUGAUGGCCUCUUCAUACACUGGAUUUGAUAUAGUGCUGCACACACCUUGCUUCGACAUUCUUCAACAUUACACAAAAUGCACCAAAAUAGGUUUCUGUCAUCAUCUCAGCGGCACUACCCUGGGGUCCCUGAGUCCAAUAGUACAUUUGAGUGUGGUGGGACUGAGAGACUUAGGGGAUCUUGCGCCCCACAAUACAGUUUCUCAGAUGCACUUCCUGUCUGAGCGCAGCUGAGGAGGAGAACAGUUUCUGAUGAAUAAGGGAAUCAGUUAAAUGACUGUACAAUGGGAAUCUGUACACCUCUACUCAGUGGAUCCAAUAUACUUCAACAUACUUUGCUUUGACAUUCUUCAAUAGUACCUUAGGUUCCACUGUGCUUGACACAACACAACACAGUAACACCAAAAGAUGUUUCUGUCGUCAUGUCAGCAACACUAAGGAUCUAACACGAGGUCUUUCAUUGGGUUCCUGCCCUCCAUUGAGUCCUAUAGCUUUGAAUGUGGUGUGGACCUUGGGGACCCCAGGAUCCUUCACCCAACCACAAGGUUCCUCAGACUCAUAACCUAGCUGGAUGCGACAGAUGAGGAUACCAGUUCGUGAACAGAAGAGGCAAAUAGGCAGAUGAACUGGAUUGGCGUAGGUGUAGGAGAAGCAAAGGCCUCCUCACAUUGUGUUGGACAUUGACAUUUGCAGAGUGGAAUGCUUUGCUUCAACAUGUUGGGAAGUCAUUGAAAGCCUACAUGUAUCCUGGAAAUUCCUUGGAAUUCUUGGGAAUUAUAUAGUUUGCUGUAUGGACAUUUAGCGAGGGCAAAAAAAAACAGGAAGAUUUGCAAACUGGGUGGGAGGAGGUGAGCACAUUUCUGAAUUGGCCUUAAUUUCCAUCGGGAUCAAUACUGUCCCUGCUCGGGGUUCAACAGGUGCAUUCAAUCCCUGUCACACUACCUUGUGAUAGUAUGUACAGUAGUACACCAAAUCAUUCAAAUAAUAAUAUUCAAUCCUUGGGAAUUAAUCCAUUUGCUGCAUGGCCGCAAUGCAGGACUCAGGCUAAGUCGCAAAGUUUGAAAAUGGCAAGGUGUGCUGAAGCCAGGAUGUGUGGCUGUGAUUGUUGUUGUUGGUUGUGUUGAAGCCAGUGUACAUACAGAAUGAUGUCUGAAGAAAAUGUGUCCUAAUAUCCUCCCUGAACAAAAGAAAAGGGAAAAAACUGUCUGGGAUGACACCCAGUGUCAUGGGUGUUCCCAGUAUUCCUGGAGAAAAGGGAUCCAAGUUAAAAUCAUUAUCCCUAAUACUUCAUCUUCAAAUCUGGGGUCUAUACACUGUAUACUUUGUCAUGUUUUACCCAGUAAGACGAGGACUGGUUACCAAGGGAAAAGAAACCUCUAAUUGUAAAUGAAGUGAAGCCAGAUCAUGCCAGUUUACAAUGUGAUUUGUUCAGAUACCACUGUCUUGUUCUUUUAUUUCUCCUUCAUGUUUUUGGGCGGUGGUGGCUCAGGUGGUAGAGGAGCCGUUCGGCAACCAGAAGGUUGCAGGUUUGAGCCCUGCUCUGUCUGACCCAUAGAGGUAGAAAAUAACACUAGAGAGGACCCCGCCCCCCUUUUUACGGCAAUCUGUAGCGGCCAUUAUCUGUAGGUAGAUCAGAGAAAUGGAAAUUAACGGAGAACGAGGCUCACCUCUGUCAAAAAUGGCUUAAUCAUGUGAAAAUGUCCAUCAACACACUAUACAAGGACAGUAGUUGAAGCGUGUUGCUAACUAUGUUCAUAAAAGAUAUUAUUUGAUUUUUAAAUGUAUUUUAUCGACUCAUAUGAUUUAAGUAGAUAUUUAGCCUGACAUUUCAAAUCUGGUCUUUGAUUAUAGUGUUACUUCAUAUUUACACAGUUUUAGUUAAUUUCUUGACAGGGGUGGGCGUGUUCUCCAUUGACUUGCAUUGCCUGAAGUUACCUACCCUACCUACGGAAGUUGGGAAGCUCCAGCUGCCAUUUCCCAGUGCUGUCGCAAAUUGCUGUGUCCUCUCUAGUGUUAUUUUCUACCUCUAUGGUCUGACCCCAUCGAUGUGUCCUUGAGCAAGAUACUUAACCCAAAUUGCUUCUGGUGGCAGGGAGGUACCAAGAGUGGCAGCCACGGCCACCGGUGUGUGAAUGGCUGAAUGUGAGGCAUAUAAUGUAAAGCGCUUUGACACUCGAAGGAGUGGAAAGGCGCUAUAUACAGUAAAGGCAGUCCAUUUACUAUUUGUAGCAAAUCAAUAUGUAUCCUAUUUAGGUUUCAGCAUCUACUUUUGCUUCACUGUUAUUUAAGAAUUUCAUUUGUGAUUGUAUUAAUUAAAAUUCAUUGAUUUUGAGUUAUCCAGCUACAAUACGCUAGAUAUUUCCUUAAGCUGCAUAAUUGUCAACUGUGGGGUUGUUGUACUGGUGCUGUACAAAUUAAAUCCCACC